AUGGGCUACGAUGUACAAAGAGACUUGCUGUACAAAGACGGGCUUCAGGGGUAUCCUACAGCAUAUGCAGCUUUAAGCGGCUCCAGAUACAUUUCCUUGGCUCCGUCUGCUUCUCUAGAUUCUGUAUUCCGACCCACAACAACACCAUUUUACCAACCUUAUGUUCCAUGGAUAACUAGACCAUAUACUUUCGAAGAUUUUCGAAAUGUAGCCGCUACUCCUCUUGGGAAACACAGAAGAAACCGAACAGCAUUUUCUCAGCAACAGUUAGCUGCUUUAGAGCAAACAUUUGCUAAAACGCAAUAUCCAGAUUUGGAAAACCGAGAAAAUUUGGCUCGCAAAACUGGACUACCGGAACCAAAAAUACAAGUGUGGUUUAAAAAUCGCAGAGCUAAGCAGAGAAAGCUUCAAAAAGGGGGAGACAAAAACUAUAAUCCAGAGAAAAACAAGGAAGCUAUUAGCUCUACAACUACUUCUCCUCAACAAUCUUCUAAUGAAAAAGAAAUUGAACGAAAACAGUCCGCCAUUCUAAGUAAUUCAGAGUCAGAAAAGAAACUAAAUUCAUCCAAUUCUAGAUCCUUGGAAUAUAAAAUUAGUUCAGAUGUAAAAGAUGAAUUUGCAUUUCAUUCAACAAAUGCUGAAAGAAGAUCUUACAUAGUUUCAAAAAAUCCUAGCAGUGAAGAACAUUAUUCAUCGCCAGAGCAGAGAACGACCGAUUUAUCUAAUAAAGGAAUACAGAAAAGCCAAAACUUUUCAUCUACACCAAAGAGAACAGAUAUUGAUUACGUUGAAGAUUUAUCUCUGGACAAUCCUCAAUCUCCGGAACAUACUAAAUCACAAUAUCCUUUAAAUUUCUGGACAGGAAAACUGCCAACAUAUUUAUCUCCGACCACAAGUGAUCCUCAAUGUCGCUUUCUACCGAUGGUUCCAUCUUUCUUGUAUCCUCAUAUAUCUGGUAACUGGCCAUAUGCAUAUUAUGGCCCAUCCACGACAAGCACCGAAACAGCACAACUGUACGGCAACAAAUCAACUUGCUUGCCAAUUGAAAGAAUCGAUCCUAUUGGACGUUUCCCGGAAGGAGACUAAAAACAGUUAAAUGAUCUUAAUGGUCUAACACUGACACUUACAAUCUCAAAGAUAUAUCGUUCAGCAGUAGCAAAUUUUUGAAAAGUCCUGACUACAGUCUCCUUUGGAGCAAAUUCGUAGUUAUGUUGAUCUUGCAAAUUUGGUCUCAUGUAAUUUUUUUUUUCUGUUGUCCCGAAUUUCCUGUAUUCUGAUUUUUACCUGAUAAUAUUUAUAUUAUAAACUAUUCAUAUUAAGUCAAUCAACUUGCAAUACAAAUCAACUUGCUCACCACUCGAAAAAAAUCUAUCCUAUUAAAUUUUUCAAACUCUCAAAAAUAAAACUCUCUCUUUUGACGAUUCAUCAAUACUUGAGCUGUAUUCUGUAAAUUUUGAGAAUCAUAUUGUCACGAAAUUACGUGAUUUGUGACGAAAUACAAACUGUAAAUAUAAGACUAAAAUGUUUCCUCAACUCUGAACCCCAUCGCUGUACAUUAUGGGAUAUUGCUAACUUAAAUGAAGACUAGACGACUGAAAAUAGAAUGAUGAAAUAGGCCGACCGGAUGUAUGGUGGACAAGGAGUUGACCUCACCUGGAAGAUACUGGGUUCCAGUCUCGCUCCGGGCAUGGAUGUAAUUCAUCGCUCUAUCCUACCUGUUUUUCUUGCGUUGUUGGAGAGAUGUUCAUCUAACUAUGUGGCGGCCUCGAAAAAGUGAUCAAUAACAAUACCACCCGUUAGAUUCCAUAAGACAUUAAAGUGCCUCAUGGGUUUGUUUUUGGAAAAAUUGGAAUAGCAAAAUAUUUCCUUGAAUUGAAGAUUGGUUGCUCUUUGGUUCAGGUCAAAAUUACGAUCUGGGAAUGAAUGAAAAAAUUUAUGAAUGUAUGAAUGAAUUUAUGAAUGGGUCCACCCUGUAAAACGGGCUGUGACGUGUGUAGGGCUGAAAUUGUAUUCUUGGUCAUAAAUAACGCCACUGAAAACAAGAAGCGCACCCGUUGCUUUAAAAUUAGCUUGGUUUCCCAAGCAGGCUUGGAGGUAUUUGGCAAGUGACGAUAGAAACAACAACAACAAAUCCCACAAGAAGUACACUUCAUGUAAACAAAUCACCAUAUUGUCAACAAAAAUUUCACAAUUAUUCUCCGUUAAACUUCUGAUAAUUAUCCAAAAGCAUUUGCUAAACAUGCCCUACCAUGAUUUCACUCAAGAUUUUAUAAAAUAGUUUAAAUCUAUACUAAUUAUUUGCCAAAUUUACGGAGCUCGUAAAAACAAUACCUUCUUCACUAACCAGCUGCAGAUUGGUGUAAGCUUCAUUAAUUAUUGAUGUUAAAAUUUAACUACACCCUUUGAUGCGUGUAAAUACUCUCGAUUCGAUUUUAAUUUGACAUAAAGUAAUCAUUCACACAAAUAUUUUAGUUUUUCGACUCCAAAUUCGGAGAGGUAUUACUCAACAGUUUUUACAGUGUGGAAAAUGAACCUCAAUAAAAAUAAUUUUGUUUUUUACAUUAAUUAUAGCAUUAAUUGUUUCUUAAAUUUAUCAAAAAUAAUGCUUUUUUUUCUUAACCUAUUCAGAUGAAUUUGCAUUACAUUCAACAAAUGCUGAAAGAAGAUCUUACAUAGUUUCAAAAAAUCCUAGCAGUGAAGAACAUUAUUCAUCGCCAGAGCAGAGAACGACCGAUUUAUCUAAUAAAGGAAUACAGAAAAGCCAAAGUAAGUGUCACGUAACAUAUUACUGAUUAUCCGGCACUUUAUUACAUAACUCACUCGGUUAUAUAACUUAAUUUUCAACUUACCCGUAAAUAUUUUUAGCGAAGAUUAUAUCAAAAACAUAUUUGGAGUUUCUAAAUAUAAAUAUUUUAAUCCUUGUUAGUAGAGAACGAAAUGCUUUUCACAUAGAUUUAUUAUAAUUCCUGCUACGCCUUUUUACUUUGUGCUGUUGAAUUAAGCUAAAACUAAAAGAAUAACUAGUAAAAAAUGAACAGAUAUUUGUCUAAUUUUAAUCAAGCCUGCACUGUGAAAUAAAAUUUUGUAUAUAGUAGUACUAAAAUGGUGACAACUAUUUAACUCAACUAGAUUCAACUCUAGCAACUCAAACUAGAACGACUGAACCGAACACGUAAAAGUUGCUUGGGGAUGCAAAUUACUUCAGAAAAUCAAGCUUGUUUUACGGUAGAUUCUAAGUUACCAGAAAACUGUGUAACCGUGAUCUAGACCGUGUUACUGAUCUUGAUGAACCUUGGUUUCUUUUUC